CUGGAGCUGAAGUGCCAGCAAGCUGUCAUCUGUUGUUGCAGUGUAUGGGCAAAUGGCUAAAGUAGAAAUAGCACCACUUCGGCCCUGGGACGACUUUUUCCCGGGGUCCGAAAGGUUUGGAAAGCCCGAUGUGCACGACCUGGCAAAGUGGAACAACCGGGUGGUCAGCAAUCUUCUGUACUACCAAACAAAUUAUCUGGCGACUGCAAUCGUUGUCUUCCUGCUUGUGGGGUUGACCAAUCCCUUCAGCAUGAUGCUGGGUGGUCUGGUGGUCAGCAUGGUCUUCAUGGGCUCCGUGUGGGCUGCGGAGAACAAGGCCAUGAUCAAGAACUUCAAGAAGCAGAACCCCACCCUCUUCGUGUUUGCGGUGAUGGUGGCCAGCUAUUUCCUCAUCUCUCUCCUCGGAGGAGUCUCUGUCUUCAUCUUUGGCAUCUCCACACCUCUGCUGUUGAUUUUUUCCCACGCAUCAAUGCGCCUGCGGAACAUGAAGAAUAAACUGGAGAACAAGAUCGAGGGGGCGGGCCUUAAGAGAACACCAAUGGGCUUGAUCCUGGAAGCGCUGGGCCAACAGGAAGAGAACCUAAACAAGAUUCAGGGCUUCCUGGAGAAUGAAAUGAGGAAAAAGCUAAAAGACUGAAGAAAAAAAAACUAAUGUGAAUGGCAUGUCAAUGACUUGAGUCCCCCCUGGUACACACACACACACACACACACACACACACACACACACACACACACACACACACACACACACACACACACACACACACACACACACACACACACACACACACACACCUGUUACAC